CGCCACAUUUUGGUUCAUAUCUCAUUAGCAGGAAAUUGCCCCUAUCUAGUGGGAUGGAUGUGCCAACCCCACUGAUGCAUUUGUUAAUUUCUUCAACUGGAAAUCACAGCAGGGUAACAAACUGCAGUGACAUUCUGAAGACAAGAAACCAGAGUCUGAACACAUUCUUAGUAGCCUUUCUUUCUGUGAUUUUACUGCACGGGGUUAUAUUUAACUCCUUUGCCAUUUGGGUCUUCUGCUUUAAGAUGAAGAAAUGGACUGAAACAAGAGUAUUUAUGAUGAACCUCCUUAUGAGCGACUGCUGUCUGCUACUCUUCAUACCGUUCCGCAUAUAUGCUGCGCAACACAAGUGGAAUCUGGGACCAGUGUGUUGCAAAGUUGUUCUGCCAGCAUAUUUUAUGAACACCUACAUGAGCAUUGCCAUAAUCACAUUAAUCUCAGUGGACAGAUAUAUAGCCAUAAAGUUUCCCUUGAAAGCAAGAAGUCUACGUUCCCCUAAGAAGGCAGCAACAGCAUGUGGUAUUGUUCUGAUGCUGUUACUGGGAUCGUAUUUUUACCUUGACUUUCAAUCUGAUUUCAUCUUCCGAGAGCCAUCAUUUUGCUUUGAAAAGGUUUUCCCAGAUCCCUUGGGUCGAAGCCUAUACUUCAGUAUUUUAGGAUUUUGGGUUCCACUAAUUAUACAGUCUUUCUGCACCGUAGAAAUCAUUAGGACUUUAAAUAGGAAAGAUCUAAUCAAUAACCAUGAAAGUAAAUCUGUCCAGAAAACAAUUUACAUAGUGUCUUGCAACCUUACAAUUUUUCUGGUUUGCUUUCUUCCUGUAAAUAUAGGACAUGUUGUAAGGUUUACGUUGGAGUCCUUAAAAUUUAAAUGCUCAGUGAUAAAAAAUAUCAAUCAUUAUGUUUAUGGUGCCCAAGCAAUUGGUGACCUGAACUGCUGUCUGGAUGCUGUAUGCUAUUACUUUGUGGCUAAAGAAUUCUGGGAGAAAUCUAUGAUGAUUCCAAAGUUUAAAAAGUUACAACACACAUGGAAUCGGACUCAGGACUCGAGCCUUUAGGAACAAAGCAGUUAAACUGUGAAAUGUUACUUAAUCCUCUGUUAUGUUUUUGAAAGUCGGUAUAAAAUAUGUAUAGAUUGAUGAAAUUUAAAUCAAAAUUAAAUAUCUGUGGCAGCCUAAAUUGUUACAGUUAGCAUAAACAUCAGUAGUAUAAUUCACACCUCAUCCUUGCAAAUACCGUAUUUUCUCGAUUAUAAGACGACCCUGAUUAUAAGACGACCCCCCAAAAUCAAAAUAUUAAUGUAGGAAAAAAACAAAAAGCCUGAAUAUAAGACUACCCUAUAGGAAAAAAG